UUGUUGCGUGAUCGUUGCCGUUCGCUAUACAGUUUUGGCCGAUGGCGGCUGUCAAUUGGUGUACUUCUGCAUCUCGUUGGACCGAUUUUGAUAAAUUUUCAUAUAUUACUAAGCAUUUCUACUUGCAGAUAAUUAUCACGCACCCGCGUUAAAUUGAUUUUUCUAUGAGUCUGUGAGAGUAGCAUUUAUUUGUAUGACAUCAGGCAAAGAAACAAUGGGUGAACAACCAAUCUUCACGUGCAAAGCGCACGUGUUUCACAUUGAUCCUAAGACAAAAAGGUCUUGGGUUCCUGCAUCCACAGCAGCAGUAUCAGUUUCAUUCUUUUAUGAUUCCACAAGAAAUCUAUAUAGAAUAAUCUCUGUUGAAGGAACAAAGGCAGUAAUAAACAGUACUAUUACUCCAAAUAUGACCUUCACAAAAACAUCACAAAAAUUUGGACAAUGGUCAGAUGUUAGAGCUAAUACUGUAUACGGUCUUGGCUUCUCGUCUGAAGCAGAGUUAGGAAAGUUUAUAGAGAAGUUUCAUGAAGUCAAGGAAGCUACGAAAAUUGCUAGUGCUAAGUUACAAUCAAACAGCUCAUCUGUUACUCCUGCUACUAGUGCAAAUGUUAGCCCGAUUACAUCUCGAUCGGGUAUGCCAUCAUCGGAACAAGAUCUGAUAGAUCCGCCAAAUUCAUCAAUGAUUAACUCCAAUGUAUCAGCAUCAAAUAAUCCAAAUCCAAAUACCAACAUGAUUUCUACUCAAAACAGUGUAUCUUUGGUAAGCAGUAGUCCCUUACCUGGUAGUUGUCAGAAUAAAGUGGAUGAUGAAUUGAAAAAUGCAGUCCAUUCAAGAUCACAGAGUGUUUCUCAGCAGAGUACAGAAAGUCCACAACAUCAAGGGAAACCGACGCAACUAAGUUCGGGGCAAAGUGGACAAACGGCUGAGAUGCAGCUCAAAUAUGAAAACGACAGGCUCAAACUUGCAUUGGCGCAAAGCUCGGCAAAUGCUAAAAAAUGGGAGGUUGAGUUAACUACGUUGAAAACAAAUAAUGCCAGAUUAACCAGUGCAUUACAAGAAUCUACAGCUAACGUCGACGAAUGGAAGAGGCAGUUACAGUUGUAUAAAGAAGAAAAUGCAAGAAUUAAAGCUAAGUAUGCAGAUUUGGAAGCAGGGAAAAUAGCAGAAGGUAAUAGUGAAGCUCUAAGGUUGAGAGCUGAAGCAUUAGAAAGUGAACUCAGAACACGGAAUGAAGAAAUCAAAGCUCUUACUAUGGCCACAAAAAAUAAAGAUUUUGUAGCUUUACAGAAAGAAAAUGCAGAACUCCGUGAAAUGUUGAGGGUUGUCCAUGAACAAUUAGAACUUGCUUUAAGUGCAAACAAAGUCCAGAAACAAAAUUUGGAUACAUUAAAUGCCAGAUUAGCGGGAUACAUACAAGAUCUGGUAACUGUACAUCGAGAAAUAACAAGCACACUGCAAACUUAAGUUUGCACAUAGUAAUCUAAGAAUAUUCAUCAUGGGAGUUUUGUAUUUAUAAUAUAAGUGAAGUAUACAAAUGGACGGUAUAGAUUAAUACAAAGGGAAAGGUUCCAAAAAAAACAUACAUAGUAAAAAAACAAGUCUUAAAAAAGGUAAAUUAAGAACAUUAUCUUCACACGAGAAAGAUAGAAAAGAUUGCGUCUUUUUGAACUAUUUAUUCAGUGUUAAUAUCUGAUGAGUUCUUUAAUUAACUACUUCGUGCCAUAUAUUUGUAUAUAAAAAUAUGUUCUCUUUUAAUAUUGUUUAUGUAUUUCUUUUUUAAUUUCAUAUACUGCUGCACGUACAAACAAUUUUAUAUGUCUGUAUUAAGAUGGAAGAUAUUUUUAUUUCUGCACAGAUAACUCGAAUCUCUUUUAGAUAUCAUGUAUCUAUUUUUUAUUGUACUAUACAGAUAAUUUUACAUCUAUUACUAUGAAUUAUUUAAAGUUUAUUAUAUUACUUUUUUAUAUGAAUUGUUACAGUCGAUUUUUACUCUCACUAAAACUAGAUCUAUAGUUUGCUUUUUAACAAUUGCGUUUAAACUUUUAACCUACUACAUUAUCAUUGCAAUUAUACUACUAUCAUCAUCAUUACUAACGCUAUUUCACCGAUUACUAUCGAUCUUUGACUCAUUACCAAGCUAUAAACCUUUACUCUACUAUUACAACUAUUAUUCUCAUCAUUAACGCUAUUUAUAACUACCUCCACCGCUAUUGCCAUACUACUACUUGCUGUUAUUAUUGCUGAUAGUGUCAUUGUUAGUGCUAUUUCUAUAACUGUUGCUACUGUUACUAUCGAUCAAGAGUUGUCAUAUUACAUGCCUGCAAAGGAUUUUUAUGAUAUUUAGAAACAUAAAACAUAUCAAAAAUGUCAGAAAAUUUAAUGUGAUACAUGUUUCUCAAUGUUUUUUUGGAACUUAGCCCCUUGGAAUCAAUAAUAAAAUUCAGUUACCCAUGAACACAACUAAGGAAAAAAUGCACAAUUAACAUUAGUAACGUUUAGUGAUAUUCAAUUAUGUAGUAUAACUAUUUAAUUCAGCUGUACAUUGUAUCCAUAUUGUUCUAUCACAUAUUAUUUACCUUUAUCAAAAGUAUAUAAAAUUGAAGAGUCUGGCAUGAGCUGUACAGAAUUGUUGAUGACUAAUAUUAAAUAUAACUUGAGAAAAAAACAUAUAAUUUAAUGUAAUGGGUAACUUAACAGUUACAACUUUACUAGUUAUCAAAUGUUUCGAAAGAUACUUUUAACGUGCAAUGUUGUGUUAACUUUUUAUUAAAAACAUGAUAUUAGUUUAUUGUUGGUAAAAGAAAGAAGAAAUUUAAGUAAUUUGUUAUUUACUAUGUUAAAACAUUCUAUAAGCAUUCAAGCCAGAUAUUCUUCAAUAUGUUGUAUUUGAAUAGUAUAGGUUCACUAGGAAACAAAAUUUGCCCACGGAUGCUGACCGACCUUCUCAAAGAUGUCGAGGUGAUAUUUCUUGUAACAAUAAAUAAUUUCUAGUAGUAAAUGGAGUGCAAAAUGCUAAACAGAGCACUUUUUAUUGUACGGACAGUAUGUAUGUAUGUACGUAAAAAUGUUAUGAAGAUGAAUUUUAAAUUUGAGGAAUUGGAAACAAAAGCCUCGCUUGCCACAUGUAAUCAUAAUAAAACAUUUUCAGAUGGCU